GUGUGAUACAAAUUGUCAACGUCAUAGCAAAUCAUCAAAAAACAGUUUAGGUUUUUACCGUCGCGUUUCCGUGCCUAUUUGCUAUAAUAGAGCAGUUCGGGAGCGUCACACUCCGGAUGCAUACUACUGUCAAUUCAAAAGCAUUGGAAAGCGGCUCUGAUGCAAUAUGGCGGCGACUUCGUAGUCAACUUUGAAUUGUCGUUCUUUUGGUGUUUCCGUGUCAGUCUUGUGUGUUGUGUGCUUUCCUUUUAUGUUUUGUGGAAUGUGGAGGUUAUGUUUGGAAAUGUUCGGUCCGCAAUUCCCGCGAAUCGUAAAUUUGUAAUAUAUCUUUUUAUGUUCCUUUUUUCAUUAUUUUUCCGGGAUUAGUUUUAUAAUAACAUGAGCUGUUGCACACCGAAUUCAAGCUUUCUGCCCGGGAAGCAAUCGCCAGUUUUGGAGAGAACCUUGCUUGUAAAUAAAAGGCGUAUUAUUCGUAGGAGUUUGAUAUGGGCAUCAAUGAAUUUUAUUCUAUUGUGCUUAGUCUUGUAUGAUUUGUCUUAUGCUUGUCCUUUGUAUGUAAACUAUUAUCAUUAUGCAGAGUAUGGCCUUGUGGUUAUUUUAAUGGCAAAUAUUUUCUACCAUAUUACUAAUUUUGUGAGGUAUUCAUAUGGAAAUUCAGAUCCAGCAAUUACCACCCCUGAACAGAAAAGUUUCCUAGGCAUAAAAGAUUCAGAUCUAAACUACAAGGUUCUAGAUACACCUAGAUCACCAAACAAUCCUAACUAUUAUAGUACUCCAAUGAAUAUGAGUGCCCUCAGCUGGAUGUCUCAAAGUGAUAGUAUGAAUUUAUCAACGUCUGCGGCAUCGUGGAGUUAUACAAGAGGAUCACCCAAUAUAACACACCAUGAAAAAGCUGUGGCAAAAUCAUCCCCACUUAAAAGUAAUUUUCCUUCAACACUCGGUGACUACAUAACACAUGAGAACGGAUUAAACAAGUAUCUGAAAGAAUAUGAAGAAGCAGAAAAGAUUACCAAGAUGGUGGACAAGUCAGAAAAGUCUGCAAAUCUACUGAGUUCAUUUUGGAGCCAUCCUGUGACAAAAACAGCCAAGGAUGUUUCAUCUUUUUUGAAGAAGUGCCAGUAUCAGUUGUCUACACAAUCACCAACCAAACUUACGUCAGGCAGUCCAAGUAGCCAAGAUGACAAAACCCUAAGUCCUUCACAAUUGGGUGCACUAGAGGUCUGGACUAGAAUUAACGUAGACAGUGUUGCAUUAACGCAAUGGAACAAGAAUCUCAGAACGUGGCUCUCACAAACGAUAAUCGAACGACUCGUGGGCGAAUUCGAUCUUAUAAAUGAGUCCUUAGAUAAGCACGGCUUGUCUGACAUCAAAAUUGGCAGAGUUGGCUUAGAAAGACUCCGAAAAACGGCACAAAUGGUGCCUGUUUCGCAAUAUAUCCCGUCACUUGGUACUUUACUACCAUUCCUUGAAGUGACAACUAAUCAAGAGUACUUAGUGAAGAGGAUACGAGAAUUGGCCAAAGGGGGGUGUAUGAGCGAAUUCAAGUGGAACGGGGGUGGCAGCUACAAUGAAAAACCCUGGAACGAAUCGUUACCAACAGAUUGUAAGAUUGUGAUGCACUUGCUAGCAACAUAUUUGGAUACCCAACUGAUGCCAUUACCGAAUAUGCCUGACACAAAGGCGUUUAGUGGACACUACUACAUCAAAAUGACAGAUACAAUGCCACAGUUGAAACCUAAUAGUCUUUUUAUACAAGAAGUGUCUGAAAAACUGCCGCAUUAUAGAGUGGUAGUCGGGGAAAAGGUAUAUGAGAUGGUAAAGGGAUACAACAAUCUGUUCCAUAGUAUACUGUUUUUUCUAUACCACGUUAACAAAAUGGAGCAAGGGAUGUUAGGAAGAGUAAACUUGGGACGAGCAGGAUUGAAUAUGUUGUGGAUUAUAGACCAAUAAUUGAACUGAAACGAACUGCAAAGAUAAGCGUAUACGUUUUCUAUUUUUUAUAGAAAAAAGAACAUGAAUGAACAUUUAAUUACAAUUAUUUUAAAUAAUAAAAGGAAAUAAAAACAGUAAGACAAAA